AGUGUUUUUUAUUAUUCCGUUAAUCAGCGGCGGAGCGGAAUUACAGUGCGGAUUUUGCUUUAUUUCAGCUUUAAUUCUGUUUUAUUUACCCGAUUAUAAACUUUAAACUGCAGAUAAACUCCGGUACAUGGUUUCUUUGCGGUUAUCUCGGUGAUUUAUCGCGUUAUUUAGCGUGUUAAGUGCCUGGAGUUACACACAGCGGCUCUGAGACUCUUCAUUACUCACAGCAGUCAUGGGGAACCGGGGUAUGGAGGACCUCAUCCCUUUAAUCAAUAAGCUGCAGGACGCUUUCAGCUCCAUCGGGCAGAGCUGUAACCUGGACCUGCCCCAGAUCGCCGUGGUGGGCGGCCAGAGUGCCGGCAAGAGCUCCGUACUGGAGAACUUCGUUGGAAGGGAUUUUCUGCCCCGUGGUUCAGGAAUUGUCACUCGCAGACCCCUCAUCCUCCAGCUGGUCAACAGCAACGCAGAGUAUGCAGAGUUUCUACACUGUAAAGGGAAGAAGUUUGUGGAUUUUGAUGAGGUGCGGAUGGAGAUUGAGGCUGAAACAGACCGAAUAACAGGAUCUAAUAAAGGAAUCUCCCCCAUUCCCAUCAAUUUACGGGUCUACUCCCCUCACGUGCUGAAUCUGACGCUGAUUGAUCUGCCCGGUAUGACGAAGGUGGCGGUGGGAGAUCAGCCCCAUGAUAUCGAGUUCCAGAUCAGGGACAUGCUGCUGCAGUUCAUCACUAAGGAGAGUUGUCUGAUUCUGGCUGUAACUCCAGCCAACACUGACCUGGCCAACUCUGACGCUCUGAAAAUCUCCAAGGAGGUCGACCCACAGGGUCUGAGGACCAUCGGUGUGAUCACCAAACUGGACCUGAUGGAUGAAGGAACUGAUGCCAGAGAUAUCCUCGAGAAUAAACUACUGCCGCUUCGCAGAGGCUACAUUGGCGUGGUGAACCGCAGUCAGAAGGACAUUGACGGGAGGAAGGAUAUCCGAGUCGCUCUGGCGGCCGAGAGGAAGUUCUUCCUGUCCCAUCCUGCUUACAGACACAUAGCAGAACGCAUGGGGACGCCUCACCUGCAGAAAACACUCAACCAGCAACUGACCAAUCACAUCAGGGACACGCUGCCCGGGCUGCGCUCCAAACUGCAGAGUCAGCUGCUCUCCCUGGAGAAGGAGGUGGAGGAGUACAAGAACUUCAAACCAGACGACCCGACUCGCAAAACUAAAGCCCUGCUGCAGAUGGUGCAGCAGUUCGGGGUGGAUUUUGAGAAGCGUAUUGAGGGAUCAGGAGAUCAGGUGGACACUCUGGAACUGUCCGGCGGAGCUCGAAUCAACCGGAUCUUCCACGAGCGCUUCCCCUUCGAGCUCGUCAAGAUGGAGUUUGAUGAGAAGGAGCUGAGGAGAGAGAUCAGUUACGCCAUUAAGAACAUUCACGGUGUGAGGACGGGCUUGUUUACCCCUGACCUGGCGUUUGAGGCUAUAGUGAAAAAGCAGAUCAUUAAGCUGAAGGAACCGUGUCUGAAAUGCGUGGACCUGGUGGUGUCCGAGCUGUCCACCCUCAUCCACAAGUGUACAGAUAAGCUGGGUUCGUAUCCACGCCUGAGAGAAGAAACUGAAAGAAUAGUGACAACUUACGUCCGAGAGAGAGACAGCAAGACCAAAGAUCAGGUGAUGUUGCUGAUCGAUAUUGAGCUGUCCUACAUCAACACCAACCAUGAGGACUUUAUUGGAUUUGCGAAUGCCCAGCAGAGUGCCAACGUCACCAAGAAGAGAGCCAUGCCCAACCAGGUGAUCAGAAGAGGAUGGCUCACCAUUAAUAUCAGUAUAAUGAAGGGCGGCUCUAAAGACUAUUGGUUCGUCCUCACCGCCGAGUCUCUGUCCUGGUACAAAGACGAGGAGGAGAAAGAGAAAAAGUACAUGCUGCCCCUGGAUAACCUGAAGAUCAGAGAUGUGGAGAAAGGCUUCAUGUCCACUAAACACACCUUUGCCAUCUUCAAUACCGAGCAGAGGAAUGUGUAUAAGGAUCUGCGUCAGAUUGAGCUGGCGUGUGACUCUCAGGAGGAUGUGGACAGCUGGAAGGCCUCGUUCCUCAGGGCGGGGGUGUAUCCUGAGAAAGACCAGGCAGAGAACGAGGAGGGGGCUCCGGCCGACACCUUUUCCAUGGAUCCCCAGCUGGAGAGACAGGUGGAAACCAUCCGCAACCUGGUGGAUUCUUACAUCGGCAUCGUCAACAAGAGCAUCCGCGACCUCAUGCCCAAAACCAUCAUGCACCUCAUGAUCAACAGCGCGAAGGAGUUUAUCCACUCGGAGCUGCUGGCGUACUUGUACUCGUCGGCGGAUCAGAACAGUCUGAUGGAGGAGAGUGCGGAUCAGGCCCAGCGCCGGGACGAGAUGCUGAGGAUGUACCACGCCCUCAGAGAGGCCCUCAACAUCAUCGGAGACAUCAGCACCACCACCAUCUCUACACCUAUACCUCCACCUGUAGACGACACCUGGCAGCAGAGAGAACCCAGCCCUCCUGCUCAGCGUAAGCCUGCAGUAUCGGCUCCCCCUCCUGGUCGUCCUCCUGCGGUUCGUGGGCCUCCUACAGCCAAUCCCACCGCUGCGUUCGGGGCCCCUCCCGUUCCGUUUCGCCCGUCCCCGGUGAACGCUUAUGGCAGCGGGACCCUGGAGCCCGUCGCCCCUCCCCCUCAGAUCCCCUCUCGACCCGCCAGAGUUCCCCCGUCCCUCCCCCCGGGCAUCCCCAGGAGACCUCCAACAGCUCCGAACCGUCCCACCAUCAUCCGCCCCUCUGAGCCCUCCCUGCUGGACUAGAGUAACACACACAUCCCAUAACACACUAUAUACACAGGGACCUGAGUGUGUGUAUGGGUGUGUAUAAAUGUGUGUGUGUGUGUGUGUGUGUGUGAGCACACUAUGGGAAACACACACACCAUCAGAUUGAGUUAUAACUUGAUUUAUUACAGUAAUUAAUUCAGAUUAGUUUAGAUUUUGUUGUUUUUGAUGAUUUGGUUUUAAACCACUUCAAAGAGCUUUAAAACAUCUGUCGGCACAUCCUCAACUAAACUCAACUAAACAACCAUCAUCUUAAGUAAGAUCUACACAAGAGAUACGAGCUUUUUCCUCUUUUCUGUUUAGAAACUUCUUUCUUUCCCUGAACUUAAACAUGUUAAAAAUGAUUUACAUUAACAAACUGAUAAAAUCCUCUACAGGAAACUAAAUAUGGCAUUUUCUCAACAUUUAACACACAGUGUCUAUUUACUCAAUUUAACAGAUUGUAAAGAAUUAAAAAACACACAGAUAGUGUGCUGCAGCUCCUUUGUUUUAGUAACUAAACAGUUUUUUCUCAUUUUUUAUUUAUUUACAACAGCGAAAGCUUAGCAAAACUUUGAUAGUACCAGCCCCUUUCUACUUAGCAAAGGCUUAGCAGCCAGCAGUUAUACCAUGGCAACACCAAGCAACUGCUUAAGGACCUUACCAUAGCAUCUAACUGUUAGCAUAGCAACUGCAUGGAAAUACCUUAGCAACCAGCAGCUAUACCGGAACAAGGCUUAGCAAGGGCUUAGCAACACCUUUGGAACUGUUUAAGGACCCUACUUUAGCAUCUAGCUGUUACCAAAGCAACUUUCAGCAGCUAUACCAUAGUGACACCUAGAAAUGGCCUAGCAGCACUUUUUAGAACUCCUUAAGGUCUUACCUUAGCAUCUGUUAGCAUAGUGACUGCAUGGAAAUAUCUUAGCAACCAGCAGCUCUACAAUAGCAACCCCAAGAAAUGGCCUAGCAGCAUCUUUGGAACUGCUUUAGGACGCCAUAGCAUCUAACUAUUACCAUAGCAACUGCAUGGGAAUACCAUAGCAACUGCAUGGGAAUACCAUAGCGACACAUUAGCAUUUAACUGUAUCCCAGCUAUACCAUACCAGCACCUAGCAGUGGCCUAGCAACAGCCAAGCAACCCCUUUGGAACUGCUUAGCGGCACAUUAGCAUCUAUUACCAUAGAAAUUGCAUGAAAAUACCUUAGUAACUAGCAGCUAUACCAUAGCAACACGUAGCAAUGGCCUACCAUUGGCUUAGCAAGGCCUUUUGAAGUACUUAACAACCUUACCUUUGUAGCCUAACUGUUAGCAUAGCAACUGCAUGGAAAUUCCUUAGCAACUGCAUGGAAAUACCUUAGCAACCUGCCACUACAGUAUAGCAACACUUUAGCAACCAGCAGCUAUACCAUAGCAACACGUAGCAACAGACUAGCAAAACCUUUGGAACUGCUUACUGGCACAUAAGCAUCUUACUAUUACUCUAGCAAAUGCAUGAAAACACCAUAUCAACCUAAAGGUACAGUGUAGCAACACUUUAGCAACCAGCAGCUGUACUAUAGUGACACUUAGCAACGUCCUACCAACACUUUUGGGACUGCUUAGCAACCUUCUCUUAGCAUCUAAUAGUUACCAUAGCAACUGCAUGGAAAUUCCUUAGCAACCAGCAGCUAUGCAAUAGCAACACCUAGCAACGGCCUAGCAACACCUUUGGACCUGCUUAGAGACACAUUAUCAUCUAACUAUUACCGUAGCAGCUGCAUGUAAAUACCUUAACAACCACUACUAAGCAACAAUUUAUAAACCAGCAUUAAUUGCGCUAGCUUUUUGCACACUACAAAAUGUAUUUUUAAGAAGAGAAUCUGACUUUUUAUUUUAGUGAAAUUUAAGUGUAUUUACUAAACUGAAGAAGCUACAGCACACAUUUAGUUUUAAUUAGAUGACUUAGUGUAUAAUCUGUUAAAUUCAGUAAAUUAACACUAAUUGUGUUUUAGAAAGUGUUGCUUUGCACAGAAAGUGACUUUAUUAACAUCAGUUAUACGUGUGAUUUAACAGGGGAGCGAAAACGUUUGCAUAUAUUAUAUGUAUUUAUGUUUGUGUUCUACAGUAACUAUUUCUGGAAUUUUCUCUUUAAGGUUUUAUAUUCUAUCCAUUUCCUUAUGACUUCUUUCUGCAUCAUGGUGGGAAAUUAACCUGUAACAUUUUCUUUAAAUAUUUCUCUAAAAAAUUCUUUAAUCAAACAUAAUGCUUCUGAUUAUUAACGCUACUUUAUAAAAGCGAUUCAUGCAUUUUCCUGAAUAUUUGCUAAUAUUAGUGCCUUAUUGUGUAGCGAAAACUUUAUAUUUCUAUUGUAUACCACUACUAUGUGCCUGUUUAUACUAAUUAAUAAUAAUCUGAACUGGAAAGUACUUUUUAUUACAUUUCGUAACUACUUUCUGAUUAACACUCCAUUUUCUACAGGUCUCAAUUGUUCGUCUCAAAGGUUUUUGACGAUGUUUCGGUGUAUAUUUAUACGCACUUUGCGCAUCAUGUGCAUCAGAUCUGUGCAGGAAAUAGCGCUGUUUCUGUUUUUUUUCUCCCUUUUCUUGUUUAAUUUUUUGUUUAUUAUUUUUUUGGUAAUGUAUGAAUGAAUUUAAAUGUUUUAAAAGUCUUUAUUAUUAGAUAAUACACUAACUUCAUUCUAAAAGUGCCUUAAAAAUAUCCCUUAAUGUUGAAACUCACUACAACAAAAUAUCCACUGCUUUAUUAAAUUGAAUUCUACAUCCUGGUGCUUUUUUAAAUAAUCAGACACUUAAAAAUACAUUUUUGCCUUAAGUCCGUUAUAAAAUAAAUAAAUGUGUGUUUACAUGCACUCAAAAACCUGUUCAUAAUCCGAUUUCUGCAUUUAGCAGAUUAUUCGUGAAGUCAUAUAAACAGUGCAAUCUUUUUAUCUCUUAGAUUGGAGUCUUGAAAUCUGAUAAAGAGAGAUGAAUUUUAGCUCUGUAAUCAGAUUUAGAAAUACAAAUCUAAUAAAAAGAGUUGGAUUUUAGUUUUAGAAUCAGAUUGCUACAGUCAUCUGAUUACUCAAGUGGUCAUGUCAACAGUAAACUGCUAUUUCUUAGAUCAGAGUAAGAUGAAUUUCAGUUUUUUUAAUCAGAUUUCUGCAGUUAUAAUUAUUCAAAAAGUCAUGUAAAAAAACAUACUCCUGUUUUUUUAGAUCAGAGUAAAGUCAUAAAAUCUAAUAAAGAAAGCUGGAUUUUAGCUUGGCAAUCAGAUUUCUGCAGUUAUCUGAUUAUUUAAGUGAUUUUCAACAGCAAAGUCAGAUUAUCUGAGUCCAAUGAAUACUCAAUUAAUACAAAUAUAAAUAAAAAUCUGAUGAAUAAAUCAAAUAAAGAGAAGAUAUUUUUUUUCAUUAUUCAGAAAUAUAGUGAAGUAAUCUGAUAAAGAUUGGAUUAAAAGCUAGAUGUUUUAUUUUUUGGGGGGAAUUUAGCUCAGUAAUCAGAUUUUGAAAAAGUGCAUGUACACUCUUAUCCAGAGUAUUCUGGGAUUUCAUAUUGCAUCUCAGUAUAUUAAAAAAGCAGAAUAAAGUGUAGGAUUUACUUUUUACAUUUUUUUUUGAUAGUUUAUUGGCUGGUUGCAAAACAAAAAUCUGAUUAAUGUCUAAUUCAUGUAAACUCUAAGUUUUCCCAUUAUCUGAUUACCCAAGUUUAUGUGUUUUUAUGUGAGUUUAACGUAUUGAUCAGAUUACUGACAAAAUCUGAUUUGCCGUAAUUGGAUUAUGAAGUUAAUGUAAACAGGUUGAUCGGAUUACUGAUUAACUUUAAGGUUUUGCAUUAAUCUGAUUAUGAAGUGCAUGUAAGCAAAUGCAAUAGAUUAAAGCUGCCUAUACGUUAAAUGCAAAAAGUAACUUACUUUAUUACUCAUUUUAUGAAUUUUCAUUAUUACAGUUCUAAGCAUUAUAUUAUUAAUAGUUUGUAAUAUUUGUAUUUAAUAAUAAUAACAGUAACGUUAUAUAUAUUAUUAUAACGCCUCAGAUUAGAUACGCCUCAGUCAGUAACACUCAGUAUACGUCCUGUGGUGUUUUCAGGUUAUUAUUUGACAGUCAUUCCUUUUAUAUUUCAUUGCUGUCUGUUUCUGUUGGUGUUAUUAUGGUCUGUACGGUGUUUCUGAAUUUAAGUGCCUGCUUUAUUAUGUUAUUUCUCAUGGAGAGAAAAAAUGAUGCAAUUAAAUAUAAUGGAAAACGUUAAUAACGGGACGAAGAACUGAAUAAAAAGGGAAUUUAA